CACAGACCCACAGCGAGACCGACACACACGCACACUCGCGCGCACACACAACUGCACGCCACCAGCCUCCUCGGGAAGUCGGGCCGGCUCCUCGCUCCGACGCCUCCUCCGCUCCUAGCCUGCCGGGUCUCCCUGGGGGCCUGCCGCUCGGGCCCCGGCCACUCCUCCUGCCCCGAAGCGGACGAGCUCAGCAGACCCCCGGCUCCUCCAUGGGCAAACGCGGGCGGCCGCGCAAGGAGGCGCGCGGCGAGGGCGCGGGGCUGGCCCCCGCCGCGGCCGCGCCCCAAUCCCCGGUCCAGCCCGAGGACCCCGCGGGGGGCAGGCCCAGGUGCCCCUUCUCGGACAUUUUCAACACCAGCGAGAACUCGAUGGAGAAGCACAUCAACACUUUCCUGCAGAACGUGCAGAUCCUGCUCGAGGCCGCCAGCUACCUGGAGCAGAUCGAGAAAGAAAACAAAAAGUGUGAACAUGGCUACGCCUCGUCGUUCCCCUCCAUGCCGAGCCCCCGGCUGCAGCACUCCAAGCCCCCCCGGAGGUUAAGCCGGGCACAGAAACACAGCAAUGGGAGCAGCAACACCAGCACUGCCAACAGAUCCACACACAAUGAGCUGGAAAAGAAUCGACGAGCUCAUCUGCGUCUAUGUUUAGAACGCUUGAAAGUUCUGAUUCCACUAGGACCAGACUGCACCAGGCAUACAACCCUUGGUUUGCUCAACAAAGCCAAAGCACACAUCAAGAAACUUGAAGAAGCCGAAAGGAAGAGCCAACACCAGCUCGAGAACUUGGAACGAGAGCAGAGAUUUUUGAAGCGGAGACUGGAACAGCUGCAGGGCCCUCAGGAGGUGGAACGAAUACGAAUGGACAGCAUUGGAUCCACGAUUUCUUCCGAUCGUUCUGAUUCAGAGCGAGAGGAGAUUGAAGUGGAUGUUGAAAGCACAGAGUUCUCCCAUGGAGAAGUGGACAAUAUAAGUACCACCAGCAUCAGUGACAUUGAUGACCACAGCAGCCUGCAGAGUAUUGGGAGCGACGAGGGCUACUCCAGUGCCAGUGUCAAACUUUCGUUCACUUCCUAGAACCCAGCAUGACGUAACAAGUGCAGGGCAAAAUCAUCAGUGGGCCAAUUCAGUACAAUCUCUUCAAUUGGGUUCAUGAUGCAGUCUCCUCUUUAAAACUAAAUGAAAGAAAACUAUACUUGAAUAAAGGGGUCAAAAGACCUGUAUUUAAGCAAAUACUUAGCAAAAAGUGGGGCACAGCCUCUCCAGCAGAACAAACAUUCAUAUUGGAAAAAUGACAGUUUCUAACAGCAACAAACUUGUCUGAAAUUUUCUUGAUUUGAUUUAGUUCAUUCAAAAGAGGACACUGGAGAUGCCAUCCUCUUUUUCUGAAUUUGCUCAAACCAUGUUGAGUAAACAGAAAGAAUGGGAUCAUGUUCCCAUUCUGAGCUUUAUGGCCCUAAAAAAAAAAAAAGAAAAAAAAAAAAGAAAAAUCAAACCUAUAGAAA